AUGACCGGUCCCAGACCUUAUAUGAACUCUGAUUUUACGCAGUAAGUCGAUUUUAUCGGAGAAUGUAACUCAUGUGUUUAGAUAUAAUGCUUUUAAUUGCAAUACCUCUGCGUUCGGGAUGCUAGUGCCUGAACCUGAAAAGCCUGCGGAUACACAAAUCCCCUCUGCUCCGUGGAUGCGUAGGACGGCGUACGAGCAGAGUUUGACUGGUCUUCAUGAUGAGAUCAUGGACUUGUCGACUUGGCUACAACCCACUACCGAAGAGCAGCUGAUGAGACAGUUUUCUUUCAUUCGAGCUAAAGCUUUCCUUCUCACCCUCUACCCCAACUGUCUGGUGGACCUUUACGGAAGUGUGGCGACUGGGAUAUACCUUUCGGAUUCAGAUCUUGACAUUUGUGUCGCUUUGCGAAGGGGAGUUCAGCCUGACUACCAAAAAAUUGGAAAUGUGUUCAAGUAUGUCGGCUGUUUUAUUUUUGAAUGUUGUUUAGGCAAACUGGUUCAUACCGAGAUAUCGAUGUUCGCGUGAAGUCGGCAAUUCCUCUGGUCAAACUGGUGGAUUCAUUUUCAAAUUUCCCCAUUGAUAUCACUUGUAACGUAGCAUCAAAUGCGGCUGUCGAAUGGGUGAAGCGACAAAUUGUUAUAUUCCCGGACCUGGUUCGGCUGGUGAUGGUGGUGAAGAAGAUGUUGGCUGUGUAUAACCUGAACGAACCUUUUAAUGGCGGUCUAUCUUCAUAUGCUUUAGUGAUUCUCAUGGCUCAUUAUCUAAAUGUAGGUGAAUAUUGAUUUUUUGUGUAUUUGAGACGUCAUCUCUUUAUUGUGGUCUGAUUGUUUGUUUUUCAGUAUAACAAUCACUUCCUGAAGAAACACAAAUGCUUGGGGUUGAUCCUCAUCAAGUUUUUGGGAUUUUACGGCGAAGAAUUUGAUUAUCUUAAUCAGGCUAUCACCUUCUCUGCUGAUGGUACGGCGGUUUUCACGGACAAAAAGUCACUUCAGGAGAAAAACGAAGCAUUUGUUGGUUCUUCGAUGUUGACGAUCAUUGACCCUAUGGAUGCGUGUAAGCUAUUUUUGAAAGUGAACUCUAUUUAAAAGUAUAAAGCUGUUUGCACUUUUAAACUAUCGUUUUUUUCAGCGAAUGACGUUGGAAGAGGAGCUCACAGAAUGCUGGUUAUUAAAAACACAUUUUUAAUGUUAAAGAGGAUAUUACUUAUGUCGAUUCAGCCCAAGAGUGUUGUUCACCAUGGGUCGGCUAUUUCUUUGGUGGUACCGAUGGCACCAGCUGAGAUGGCUGCUCGAAAAGCUGUAAUUAGAACGUCCAGAGUAAGUAUCGACGCGCACAUGUCAUACUGGAUACAGCAAAUUCAGAACAUUAUGUCGAGUCAGCAUGUGGAGCAGCCUUCGGGUUAUCCAUUCAUGGUUAAUGAUUCUAACGGCUGGGUGGUGCCCACUUUGGCUUCUCACAUGGGAUACCAAGCGCCGUAUGCUCAUAGUAACAGGUCAGGUGACAGUGUGUAUACGACUGCUGGUACUCCUCAAAUGCCCAAUCCAAUGCCUUCUCAAUAUUCACUUGCCGAACCUAUGGUCUCUUCUUCUGUUGCGUCGACGACGAUACCUUCAAAUUCAAGUGAGUUGUUGUUGGUUUUCUGUGCUUAGAGUUUAGUGACAUAGACAUGAUUAUGACUUGUUUAGUGUACGAUAACAUCAACACAUUCAUGCCUCCAAUAACCCUCAGGCCGAGCAUUGGCAUGCCUCCGCGGUACAUGCUAUUGGAUGGUUAUGUCACGGCAGCGCCAGUUACAGAGCAACCUCGGCCUCAACAAAACGUGUCCCCAGAAGGUGAGAACCCGAGUAGAACGUCAGACAGCAGCGAGGAUUCGGCCGUGGAAGUGGACCAUCCGACUGCAAACUGGGAACGGGAGAGGUUAAGGAACGUGACCAAUGUCAGACCUCAUGGGGUCAACGUGACCAACAUAUCUGAAGGCAUGAGAAGGAUGAAUAUGAGCGACAACGGUCGAGGGACCGGUCAGAAUGUUCGCUCGAAGAAGCAGUUCUACAACAACUAA